CUAGAUAUAGAUCAAUCAAACACACCUUACAUCCAAAAAUUGUUCGAAGAGCUUAGCUUUUAAUUUGUUURUUUGCAUCAAUUUUGAAUUAACAAAAUGAUGACUGCGCGUGUAACUAACGAGAUGGAAGUAGGGGUGCCUGCAGAUGAUGUGUGGGCUGUGUAUGGCUCGCCCGAUCUGCCCAAACUCUUCGUCCAACUUAUGCCCCAAGUUUACAAGAGAAAUGAUGUUCUUGAGGGUGAUGGAACGGUCGGCACUGUCAUUCUCAUUGAACUCGACGACG